AUGCAUUCGGCACAAGACGCACCUCAAGUAAACGGCUCCACAGCCUAUGGCAAAAGUGCCGUGGACGGUUUGAAGAAAGAAGAAAAGCGAGAACAGUCGUCGGUGCGGAAGCUAUCAAAAGAGCACGACCAUGUCUUGAAGACAUUCAGACUGCUCAUUGCAGACCUGUGUCAGCAAUUCAAUGGUGGCCAUCCUGGAGGAGCAAUCGGCAUGGCGGCCAUCGGAGUUGCGUUGUGGAAAUAUGUUAUGCGAUAUGCACCACACACUCCAGAUUACUUCAACCGCGACCGAUUCAUUCUCUCAAAUGGCUAUAAAGCCAUGACUUUUGACCAGCUUAAAUCCUACCAUUCAGACCGCGUUGAUGCCCUAUGUCCAGGCCACCCGGAAAUCGAGCAUGAAGGAAUAGAGGUGACGACCGGCCCAUUGGGUCAAGGUGUAGCGAACGCAGUGGGCCUUGCAAUGGCAACCAAAAAUCUCCAAGCAACAUACAACAAGCCCGAUUUCGACGUGGUUUCAAACCACACUUGGUGCAUGAUUGGAGAUGCGUGUCUCCAGGAAGGAGUGGCUUUGGAAGCGAUUUCAUUUGCUGGGCAUUUGAAGCUGAACAACCUUACAAUCAUCUACGACAACAACCAAAUUACUUGCGAUGGCUCAGUUGACUUGACAAACACUGAGGACGUCAACACUAAGAUGAGGGCAUGCGGUUGGGACGUAGUCGAUGUUGAAGAUGGCUGUUUCGACGUUGAGGGUCUAAUUGAGGCUCUGAACAAGGCACGAGCAUCGACUGAGAAGCCCACAUUUAUCAAUGUUCGAACCAUCAUUGGCGUCGGCAGCGCUGUUGCUGGUGAUGCAGUUGCUCACGGCGUAGCUUUCGGCACGACCGACGUGGCCAAUAUGAAAAAGGCAUACGGCUUUAACCCUGAUGAGCACUUUGUCGUUAGCGAUGAGGUGCGCAAGUUCUUUGCGGAUAUACCUGAAAGAGGCCAAGAGCUGGUAAAAUCAUGGGAAGAGAGGGUGGCGGCGUACGAGACCAAAUAUCCCGACGAAGGUGCAGAUUUCAGGCGCCGCAUAGAAGGCCGAUUGACUGAGGAUUGGAAGUCUCUCGUGCCAACCUCGUUCACUGAUGCACCGACAGCGACGAGAAAGUCAUCUGGGCUUGUUUUCAACACUCUCGCUGAGAAGAUUAACAACUUCAUGGUCGGUACCGCUGAUCUGACACCCUCAGUGAACAUGACUUGGAAGGGCAAGGUCGAUUUCCAGCACCCUGACCUGAAGACAACAUGCGGCAUAACUGGCAACUACAGCGGCCGAUAUAUUCACUAUGGCGUUCGUGAGCACGCAAUGGCGGCCGUUUCAAAUGGCUUAGCAGCCUUUGCACCAAACACUUUCAUCCCAGUCACAUCUUCAUUCUUCAUGUUCUACUUAUAUGCAGCGCCCGCAGUUCGUAUGGGCGCGUUGCAGCAACUGCAAGUUAUCCACGCAGCUACACAUGACAGUAUUGGAAUGGGUGAAGACGGACCAACACACCAGCCCAUUGAGCUCGCAAACCUGUACCGAGCCAUGCCCAAUCUUUUGUACAUCCGACCAGGCGACAGCGAAGAGACAGCAGGUGCCUGGAUCACAGCAAUCGAGGCGAAGAAGACUCCCAGCAUUAUUUCGACAUCACGACACACACUACCUCAGCUACCCCAGACAAACCGCGACAUGGUCGCAAAAGGCGCAUACGUGCUUGAAGAAGUUGAAGACGCAGACGUAACACUAAUCGGUGUGGGUGCUGAACUACAUCGCGCAGUUGAGACCGCCAACGAGCUGAAGGCGAAAAACAUCAAGACGCGCGUCGUCAGCUUCCCCUGCCAGCGCCUCUUCGAGAACCAGUCUAUCCAGUACAAGCGGGAAACACUGCGGAGACAUCUCGGUAUCCCCGCAGUAGUAAUCGAGCCGUUUGCGCCCAACGGUUGGGAGAGAUACGCUGACGCUGCGUGCUGCGUGAAGCGCUUCGGGCACAGUCUGCCUGGAAAGGCAGCUUACAAGUACUUUGGCUUUGACGUCCCUGCGUUGACGGCGAAAGUGGAGGGCUACCUGAAACAAGUGCAGGAUGAUCCACUACUCAAGGGAGAAUUUGUUGACUUGUGA